ACUGGUUUUGCACGGCAUCGUAUUUAUUAUUAUUAUUUUUGUUGUCAAAUAUAACAGACAGACAUUAUGGAGUUUAAUAAUUGAAAAUAACAUAAAAGCAUACGCGAAGUGACGAUGACACUUAUUUUAGAAACUAAUUUACAAUAUUAUAAUAUUGGGCUGUAGACAAGCUUUUCUUAUUAUUUAGUCAUUUCAGAGAUUCAAUUAUAGACAUAAAGUCUAUCAAGAAUACUUAAAAGAAGGGUUGCCGGGGGGUCUGAAUAAAAGCCCGAAAUGAAGUGAACAGAGCCGUGCACCAAUUGCGGACAAUCAACUGAAUAUCAGAUCUUAUGAUUGGCGCUUCGAACCCACCCGGUAUUAAGCUGUCCAAUAACCCACGAUUUUACUAGUCAUCGGAUCAUUCCCCCAUGCAGAGUGAACGAGCUCUAGUGCAUUUACAACAACAAAGGAGUGUCAAAGUUUUCAAGACCCUCACAGCCAGCUGGCUUUAUAAUAUUGUAUCAUAUUGAUGCAGACUCCCAAUAUAUGUUCGAUUGUAAAAGUACCGAACAAGUCUGGUCAAUGCAGGGAAUGAUGAGAUUGGGAAGGAUUGGUCUGGACAGUUGGAAUUGAUGACCAUUGUAAGCGCAUGACUCAAAGAUGAUCCGGAUUGCAGCACUAAAUGCAGCCUCAGCCGCAGCGGAUGAGUCUGAAGACCCUCUGAAAACUAAAAAGAGUCGAACUAAGGAGGCACAGGAAGCAGAGGCAUUUGCUUUGUAUCAUAAAGCAUUAGAUCUUCAAAAGCAUGACAAGUUUGAGGAGUCUGCAAAGGCUUAUCAUGAACUCCUCAAAACCCCAUUGCUCAAAGAGGCAAUGCCCUCGGACGACCAAAAGGUGGGUCUUAAGCAUCCAGGGCUGAUGCUGAAAUACUCUACCUUCAAAAACCUGGCUAGUUUGGCUGCGCUGCGGGAUGAUUUGGAGACAGCCAUGGAAUUUUACUUGGAGGCUGUGAUGCUGGAUUCCACAGAUGUGAACAUGUGGUACAAGAUUGGUCAGGUGGCGGUGCGACUGUUGCGCAUUCCUUUGGCGCGGCAUGCCUUUGAGGAGGGUCUGCAAUGUAACCCAGACCACUGGCCCUGUCUGGAUAACCUCAUAACUGUUCUUUACACACUCAGUGACUACAGCUGCUGUUUGUAUUUCAUCUGCAAAGCCCUGGAAAAGGAUCAUUGUUACACCAAAGGGCUGGUGUUGAAGGAGAAGAUCUUUGAAGAACAGCCUUGUCUGAAGAGGGACUCCAUGCAAAUGUUCUUGAAGUGUGACAUGUCCAUUCACUAUGUGGAGGUGGAUGAGGAGGAGACCCAGGCCAUUGUGGAGGAGGCGAUGGAUCUGCGACGGCGCAGGCAGGCUCUCUCUGCCCGGGAACCCAAACCAGACCUGGUCCUAGUCCAACCCAUCCGCUGUUUCUCGUGGAAGAAUGUUGGAGAGAGCCUCCUUGCCAUGUACAGACAUCAGACAACCUGCGAGCCGCCACGUCCAAGCCUGGGCCGCAGAAUUGACCUGUCCCAGUACCGCGACCCCAACUGCCUCCAGGCCUUGCCUCCUGAGCCCUGCCCUCCUGUCAGUGAUAUUCAGACCAUCCCCAGCAGCAGCCCCAGCUCCUCCCUGCCUCCACUUCCUGUCCCUGAGCCAUCAGCACUGUCCCAGCCCAGCCCUCUGGUUCAGAUCACACAGAGCCAGACAGUAGAGGUCAUUACAACUACAGCCCCCUCUGUUGCUAUGGACACAUCCUUCACUGUGAAGGAGAAGAAGGCCCCUAAGAGGAGACGCACAAUGGAGGACAGCGGAGACACUGCCAAGCGCCGCUCAGCUCGGGUCAGAAACACCAAGUGCAAGAAGGAGGAGAAGAUCGACUUCCAGGAGCUGCUUUUCAAAUACCUACCAUCCAGACUAAAGAAGUUUGACCUUGAGGAUGAUGACGAGAGCCUGAGUAACCUGGAAGCUCAGUGUGAAGUUAAGCAGGACUCCGAGCUGCUCCAUGGCAACAGCGGCAUGCUUUUAGACUCUAUUGAAUACAUGGAAUCAGAACAAGAGGAUGUCCACAACUUCCUGCUCAAUAAUAUGAGCAAUGGUGGGAUAUUAGAGUUGAUGAUGUGCUAUCUGAAAGCGGUGGGUCAGAAGUUCAUGGAGGAGUGGCCUCGGGGGCUGACUGCAGUGGUGCUGGAGGUGUAUCACAGCUGGAGGAAGCACAGUAGCGGCCUGCCCAACCCUCUGCUCCGCGACUGCAGUAAUCAACACAUACGGGAAAUGUUUCUGAUGAGCCUAUCAUGUAUGGAGCUUCAGUUGGAGCAAUGGUCUCACAGCAAAGGCAAAAAUGGGUCGCCGAGAAAGUGCAGUGGGGGCCAGAGCAGUGUUGUGUGUGAAGCAGAGUUCCCAGGGCAGCACUUUGAAGGGGACAUGUUACAGCUGGCCUUGGGAUCAUCACAGGGGUACUUGUUUGAGGACAACUGGGUGGCCGUGGUGGUACGUGUUUACUGGCUCAAGGCACGCUUCUUGGCCCUGCAGGGAGACAUGGACCAGGCCCUGGAGAGCUAUGAUGUGUGUACAGACAUGCUGCAGAGUCACGCACGGACCACAGAGGAGGACAAGUACACCAUCUACCUGCCCAACCUGCGUGUGGAUGCAGCCAUCUCAGUGGAGGAGAUUGAUAAGAAGCUGAAGUCUCUGGAGCGUUGUCAGUCCCUGGAGGAGAUCCAGCGUCUGUUUGAGUCUGGGGACUAUGAGUCUGUGGUGCGGCUGCUGCAGCCCACCCUCAGCUAUGGCUCUGGGCGGGUCAAGCCUCUGGAGUUUGUCAGCUCUGUUCCUGAGAGGCCUGCCCAGCUGCUUCUGCUGCAGAACUCCCUGUUGAAGCAGAAGGACUAUCGUCAGUGUCUGGAGUGCACCGAGGUGGCCCUGAACGAAGCCCUGCAGCAGCUCAACGCUGUCCCAGCCAGCUCUCACUCGGCCAAAGAGGAAUGGGUCUCCACCAUCACAACACUGCUGGGAGGCAUCGAGGUCUGCUUCACAGAGGACCUUCAACUCCUGAGCAACGUCAACCGCUACACCAGCAUGGCCCGGCUGGCCAACAACCUCAUCCAGCUGAUUGACUGCAUCAUGGUGAUCCCAGAUGAUCCCAAGGAGCCUAAUUUCUCCUCGGUCCUGCCCUGGAUUCUCCUGUACCACAUCAUCAAACACGAGGAGGCUGCUUUCAACUGCCUGCUUCGCCAGCACAUAUCAGUAGGGGACGAUGAAGAAGACUCUAACACCCCCAUGCUGCCCUCCUCCUUGAUGCUGCUCAACACGGCCCACGAGUAUCUGGGCCGCCGCUCCUGGUGCUGCAAGUCAGAUGGUGCUCUGCUCAAAUUCUAUGUUUGUGUUCUGGAGAAAGAGCUGGCUGCCUCCAAAGCGGAGGCCACCCAUCCCUACAAAGAGGAGUUGGAGAUGGCCUUGGAGCAGUGCUUCUACUGCCUGUACGCCUACCCCAGCAAGAAGAGCAAGGCCCGCUAUCUAGAGGAGCACUCUGCUCAACAGGUGGAACUCCUGUGGAGCAAUGCCCUCUUCAUGUUCCAGUACUUCAAGCCCAAGACUCUGCCUGAGUUUGACAGCUACAAGACGAGCACGGUGUCUGCUGACCUGGCCAACCUGCUGAAGAGGAUCUCUGGCAUUGUGCCCCGAAGUGACACUCCCAUCCUCACCAUGGAUGAGGUGUCAGCCUACAUCGAGGGCACAGCUGGGAAGGAGCCAGUACCUUGCCUUCCUGAGGGCGGCGCUCCAGCACCCCCUGUGGUCAAUGAGAUCUUCUACCUCCUGGCUGACUACCACUUCAAGAACAAGGAGCAGUCCAAGGCCAUCAAGUUCUAUAUGCAUGACAUCUGUGUUUGUCCAAACAGGUUUGACUCCUGGGCUGGCAUGGCACUGGCGAGGGCCAGCCGCAUCCAGGACAAGCUCAACUCUAACGAGCUGAAGAGCGAUGGCCCCAUUUGGAAGCACUCCCUGGCUGUGCUCAACUGCUUUAAGAGGGCCCUGGAGAUCAACAGCUCCAACCUGGCUCUGUGGAUCGAGUACGGCACCAUGUCCUAUGCCCUGCACUCCUUCGCCUCGCGUCAAGUCAAACAGUGGAGGAGCGAGCUGCCCCCUGAGGUCGUCAAACAGAUGGAGGAGAGGAGAGAUACAAUGCUGGAGACGUCGUCCCAGUGUUUCCAAGGGGCGUCUCGGUGUGAGGGGGAUAGUGAUGAGGAAGAGUGGCUCAUCCAUUACAUGCUGGGGAAGAUAGCGGAGAAACGAAAGCAGCCACCCCGGGAAUACGUCCAGCUCUACAAACAGGCAGCACAUUAUCUGCAUGAGGAGGCUGCCAGAUACCCUCGGAAAAUACACUACCACAAUCCACCUGACUUGGCUAUGGAGGCCCUGGAGCUGUACUUUCGUCUGAGUGCCACCAUCCUAAAGCUGCUGGAGGCUGAGGAACCGGACCUGGAGCACGAGAUCUUCUUCAACAUCCUGGCUGAGGCAGCCACCGGACCCUUCGCCAGGGGGGAAGAGAAGAGCAUGCCCAGGUCCCACGAAAAGGAGAAGCCCCUCUUCAUGAUGGACGAGGACUCCCACUGCUCUGUGUCGUCUGUGUGCGCUGCGGCGGAUGUUCAUGGGGCCUCCCUCCCCUCCAACGCUGCAGGUCUGACAUCCCCACCUUACACGGCCACUCCGGUCGACCACGAUUACGUCAAACGUAAAACCCUCAGGAGGCAGCAGCAGACGUGGCAGCAGCAGCAUGAGGAGGAGCAGCAGGCUGAUGGUACAGUCCCAGUCCUAGACGCUGCUUCUGGGCCUCUGGGCCCUUCCUUCACUGGGCUGGCCACCCCAGAACUUGACCAUGAUUACUGCCUGCCCAGGUCUCCAAUGUGGCUGGCAUCCCUGAAUGAGCGCAGUCAGGACAGUGUGGUGGUGAUGCUGUCUGACUCCAACUCCACCCAGGAUGCCUUCACAGACCCCGCCAGCUCCCAGGACAGUAGCCAUGCUAAGCUACAGUCUCAGUCUGGGAAGGGCAGUACGUCUUCCUCUGAGAACACCACCCCCAUCAAGGAGGGCCAGCCUACAGUUGAAGACACAGGCUCACAUGGGGGAAGAAGCAAUGAGGGCGCGACUGUAAUCUUGCUGGAGGACAAAGAACAAGUCCAAGAAGUAGAAGACACCAUGUCAGUGACAGUACCUGAGGCUGAUGCCCAAAAGCCGACCAUAGAUCCCUGCCCUCAUGCACUGCCUGUUCCAUCCACCCCACCAAAGGUCUCGUCCACUCCCCAGGUCACCCCCCAAACCCCCACUCCUCAGGCCACCCCCCAGACUCCCGCCAGCGACGGGAAGAGCCGUCACCAGAGAUGGCCCGAGCCCCCUCCAGAGGUUGUGGAGGUGCCCAAGGCCCUCCCUGCUGAGCGGACAGAGCAGCGCCACAUGCUGGUGGAGAUGUGUGUCCAUGCUCUCUUCCUCUGCCUCAGCCGCUUCCCUCAGCACUACAAGAGCCUCUAUCGCCUGGCCUUCUUCUACACCAACAGCAAGACCCAACAGAAUCUGCGGUGGGCACGAGAUGUGUUGCUAGGAAGCAGUGUCCCAUGGCAACAGCUGAAGCACAUGCCAGCACAAGGACUUUUCUGCGAGAGGAACAAGACAAACCUGUUCAAUGGCAUCUGGCGUAUUCCAGUGGAUGAGAUUGAUCGGCCCGGCAGUUUUGCAUCUCAUAUGAACAGAUCCAUCGUUCUCUUGCUGGAGGUGCUGUCUCAGCUGAAGGACCACGACACACUGCUCAAAGUCUCUUUCAUGCUCCAGAGAACCCCUGACCAGGGAAAGAAGUAUUUGCGGGAUGUGGAUCGUCAGGUUUUGGCCCAGAGAGCAUUUUUCCUAGCUGUAAAAGUCCUGGAGGACAAUCUGAACAAACUCACAGGGGUGUCGGCGCAGCCUUCCAUGGAUGAGAUGACGACCACGGACACGUCCAACAGGCCCAGCGCAGAAGACCGCAGUCAAGCACUGCCUAAGAAGCCGGGGCUCACUGAGGGGACCCAGGUCAAUGCCCCAGGCCAUGACUCUGGGCUGCAGGAGCCCCCUCAGGCACAGCCAGCCCUGCUCACCAUCGACGGAGACAAGGGGGAUCAGCAGCAGGGAACUCCAUGUGGGAAGGUGGAGGCUGCUGCAGGGGAGGGGGCUAGAGCAAGGCCAGAGGAGCCUAUGGAGCUGGACACUGGCCACUGGGGGCGUCCCUCCAAGACCACAGACUCUCAGGGCAUCCAACCAGACACUGAGCCCCACAGAACUGUGUUGGAGCCUGGGGAGAAAGUGGCUGUGAGCAGCCGGGCACCAGAGCUUUCUCUGGAAGACCUGAGCAUCAGCUCCAGACAGCAGCAGCUCCAGGGCCUGGUAGUUAAGGGCCCAGUGUCAGCCAGUGGAGCAGAGCUGGGACAAGCCCAGGGGCCGCUACGCAGGCCCAGCAGGAAGAGGAAGCUCCUGGAUGACGUAGAGUCAGGCAAAACACUUCUGAUGGAUGCCUACCGGGCGUGGCAGCAGGGCCAGAAGGUUGUGACCUACAAUCUGGGGCGCAUUGAGAAAAUCAUGUCCGAGACAUACAUGCACAUUAAGCAGGUGGACGAGGAUGUGGCGCUGGACCAAGCAGUGAAGUUCUGCCAGAUACAGAUGGCCACGUCAGCACAACGACAGUCUGCCAGUGAUGCCCCGACAACACCUAAGUACUCCAAGGAUCACCGCGACAUCUUCUUCCCUGCCUCUCUGCCCACCCCGGUCCUGCUCAGUCACGCUGCCUGCCACCCCCUGUCUGUCCAGGAUAGCCAAGCCAAACUCCAGUACGAGCCCCUUGGCAAGGUGCCCAGACCUCCAGCCAGCGGCUCCCACGAGCAUUGUCAGCCCCAGCACAGGAGAGCCCCCCUGCCUAUCCACCCUGCUUCAACUAUGGCCUUCCACCCCCAAACAGAGGAACGUGAGGAGCCCCCAGAGGGACUGUCCUACAGACAGCAGGAGUCUCAUCUUUGCCAACAAAUGAAGUUGGCCACUGUGUCCCCAGGGCAGGAGGCUGCAGGCUGGUACCAUGAUGAGCCUGCUUCCUGUAGUGCCACACAACCUUGCUCAGACCAGCAGCUAUAUGGCAGCAGUGAGCAGUCCAAGAUGUCGGACCCUAGUCGUAUCCGCUCACGCAUCCCCCCCAACAUGCCAAAGCUCUUCAUCCCCUCCACCGUCACCAAGUUCCCCCCGGAGAUCACCGUCACCCCGCCUACUCCCACCCUUCUCUCCCCCAAAGGAAGUAUUUCAGAGGAAACCAAGCAGAGACUCAAGAACGUGAUCCUGUCCUCCCAGUCGGCGGCCACAGUGAAGAAAGAGACGCUGAGCCAGCCGGCCCUGGAGGUGCAGGAGACCUCCAGCCAGGAGUCCUCUCUGGAGAGUGAAUCAGACGAUGGGGAUGAGGAGGAUGAUUACAUGGACAUCUGAGCCACUGCUACAAGACUGAACAAACCCAGGCCACUCCUUGGAGCUGGACCUGCCUACCAUCAAGCCCCUCCACUUCCUCCCUUGUCUUGAAAAGAUGGAAUGGUACAUGUCACUGCAGCUAGUGUCUCUGUGUUGGUGCAGUUGGUCUAUCUUGUAAUUUCAAGCUGUCUUAAUGGAAAAAAGCUCUUGAAGUGAAAAUGUGCAAAUGCGCAAUGUUCUGCUCUUGACACUGGAUGACUGGGGAUGUUUUUCGUUUAACAAUAAUUUUGCUAAGUGCCAUUUACACUUAUCACACCUGUCAGCUAACCAAGCUCUCCAUAGUCUUUCACAUGAAAAUGGGAAAAGGUGUAGAAUGAUGAUCUACGCUUACUGUAAGUUAAAUGGUCAGAAUUGGUGGUGGAUUGUUGCUUUGUAGACACAUUCUUCGCAUGCAAUGCAGUUGGAAUCAUUGGCUGUGAUUUAUACAUCUUUCACACGUAAUGGGGACUAGAAUUUGGCCUGCUUUUACUGUAUGUUUCAACUGCAGCUAAAUCCUUGUUGUUGGAAUGCAACAUCCCACACUGAGGUGCUUCAACACGAUGAAAUGUGCCAUGGCAACAUAUCACAGGUGCCAGCCAACUUAUAUCCAUACACAUUGAUAUAAGAAUCUGAACGGCAAGAAAUCCACAUUUGUAUGUGACCUGCAUUUUCAUGGACACUAAGAUUUAAUGAGGACUGCAAACCAGAGUUUUAUAUAGGGCUCCUAAAGCAAUGUUGAGGACCCUACUUCUCCAAAGCCUAAUAACCUGUAGCAGAUUGGAUAUGUUUACACUUCCAAGUGGGAUGUCUUUGAUUUGUCUCUUGUUCAUGUUCUAUUUUUGUACUCAACUGUAUUCUAUCAAGUCUUGUUUGAUUUUGUCCUUUUGUUUCUCUGGGGAUUUGUAGCUUGGAGGACCCUUCUUUACCAGGAAGAGGUCCUGUCACCAGCAUUGCUCAGAAUAAUAGACAAAGUGAUGGUUUGGAUUAGUCUGAAUUAGCUUUUGUACAUAUCACAUUUCAAACAUAUUCUCAAAUGAAGCAACUCUUACGUGGUCCGGGUGUUUAUUUACCAUUGGUGUCAAGUGUGGAUGUUCCUAAUUCAGAGAAAAUGCCUUGGUAAAUAUGUUUAAAUUCUAUGUCAACUCAGAGGACGACAAUAGAAUGUUGUUUUUGUUUUUUUACAGAUUGUUUCUAUCAAAAGGAUAUUUACCAUAUGUUUCUUGUAAAUUGUCUUUAGAAGACUUUUUAAAAAAGGAAGAAAUUAUGAAGAAAUAAUUGUAAAGGACAUCGCCCGAACAAGUCUUGCUUGACUGACUACCUACCUGUAAAUGGAUGUUUGUAUUUUUUGGUGUAAAAUACUGUUUUGUAUUUCUGCUGCUGAGCUUCUUAUGGGAAUGUAUAAUGGCUGAGAGGUUUUUCUUCCUUAAACCUUGGCACAGGCUGGGGAGUUGUUAUUCUUUACAUAUUAACUUGCCACAUUAAAGAUGUCACAAACCAAAAAUAUACGUGAUACGCUUUUAUCUGGUCUUGGUGCUCUUUAAUUAUACUGGCUGUAUAAUUUCAGCCAGUAGUUUUGAAAGUAGCCCUCACAAGCCAAAACGGGUCCCUGAAAAUUGUGCCCAAUCGUGUACAACGUUAUCCAAUUCGUAUAUCAUAUGUUAUGAAUUCUAAUUCGUACAAUAUUUUUGAAAUUUGUAAGUGCUUAAGAUCCCAUUCAAUUUCUUUUAAUACAUAUUUUCAUUCCUUGGUGUUUUGAACUGAAAUGUUCUGUUUAUUUCCAUAUUUAGGUUAAGUUUGAACUUCAAUCCCCGGCAGCUAUAAUGGUAAUGUAUUUGUUGUAAUGGCUGUAUAUAGUUUCAAUCUGUUAGCAAGACCAGCUCAAUGUCACGUUCUACAAACUACAAUCUCAAGUCAAGUUUUGCCUAAACAAAACGAUCUGUGGCAAAGUGUCAAUUUUUCUGCCAACGUGUCCCCUUGUGUAUCAGUCAUGUUGAGACGACACCUUGUCCCGCUCUGAUAUUUUAGUCAAAGAGCUUGCACACUUGUGUGAAGUCCCAGACACGGUGGGAUAACUUCCAGAAGUUUCUUAUAAAGUGCUGUGAAUUUGUCAUUUACCCCUUUGCAAGGAAAGCUACAUUUGAGUUUUGUUAUGAGGUGGACCAAAUGUGUGCUCCCCAUCCCUUGAAAUAGUGAGAUCUGUCUUCUCCAUGCCUUGAUCAGGCUGAGGGGGUUGGUAAGUGAUUUCUUUCUUCAGUGUUUCAACCUCUGUCUCUGUCUGUCAGCAGGAAUAAGUUAAGUGCCUACAGUUGAAGUUGGAAGUUUACAUACACUUAGAUCGGAGUCAUUAAAACGUGUUUUUCAACCACUCCACAAAUUUCUUGUUAACAAACUAUAGUUUUGGAAAGACUGUUAGGAUAUCUACUUUGUGCAUGACACAAGUCAUUUUUCCAACAAUUCUUUAGACAGAUUAUUUCACUUAUAACACUGUAUCACAAUUCCAGUGGGUCAGAAGUUUACAUACACUAAGUUGACUGUGCCUUUUAAACAGCUUGGAAAAAUCCAGAAAAUGAUGUCAUGGCUUUAGAAGCUUCUGAUAGCCUAAUUGACAUCAUUUGAGUCAAUUGGAGGUGUAGCUGUGGAUGUAUUUCAAGGCCUAUCUUCAAACUCAGUGCAUCUGCGUGAUAUUAUGGGAAAAUCAAAAGAAAUCAACCAAAAAUUGUAGACCUCCACAAGUCUGCUUCAUCCUUGGGGCAAUUUCCGAACGCCUGUAGGUACCACGUUCAUCUGUACAAACAAUAGUACGCAAGUAUAAACACCAUGGGACCACGCAGCUGUCAUACCGCUCAGGAAAGAGAUGCAUUCUGUCUCCUAGAGAUAAACAUACUUUGGUGCAAAAAGUGUAAAUCAAUGCCAGAACAACAGCAAAGGACCUUGUGAAGAUGCUGGAGGAAACAGGUACAAAAGUAUCGAUAUCCACAGUAAAACCAGUCCUAAAGACAACCUGAAAGGCCGCUCAUCAAGGAAGAAGCCACUGCUCCAAAACCGCCAUAAAAAAAGCCAGACUACGGUUUGCAACUGCACAUGGGGACAAAGAUUGUACAUUUUUGGAGAAAUGUCCUCUGGUCUGAUGAAACAAAAAUAGAACUGUUUGGCCAUAAUGACCGUUUGGAGGAAAAGAGGGAGGCUUGCAAGCUGAAGAACACCAUCCCAACAGUGAAGGACGGGGGUGGCAGGAUCAUGUUGUGGUGGUGCUUUGCUGCAGGAGGGACUGGUGUACUUCACAAAAUAGAUGGCAUCAUGAGGAUGGAAAAUUGUGGAUAUAUUGAAGUAACAUCUCAAGACAUCAGUCAGGAAGUUAAAGCUUGGUCACAAAUGGGUCUUCCAAAUGGACAAUGACCCCUAGCAUACUUCCAAAGUUGUGGCAAAAUGGCUUAAGGACAACAAAGUCAAGGUAUUGGAGUGACCAUCACAAAGCCAUGACCUCAAUCCUAUAGAACAUUUGUGGGCAGAACUGAAAAAGUGUGUGCAAGGAGCAAGGAGGCCUGCAAACCUGACUGUUACACCAGCUCUGUCAGGAGGAAUGGGCCAAAAUUCACCCAACUUAUUGUGUGGAAGGCAGCCCAAAACGUUUGACCCAAGUUAAACAAUUUAAAGGCAAUGCUACCAAAUAAUAAUUGAGUGUAUGUAAACUUCUGACCCACUGGGAAUGUGAUGAAAGAAAUAAAAGCUGAAAUAAAUCAUUCUCUCUACUUUUAUUGUGACAUUUCACAUUCUUAAUAAAAGUGGUGAUCCUAACGGACCUAAGACAGGGAAUUCUUACUAGGGUUGAAUGUCAGGAAUUGUAAAAAAAAAAAAAAAAAAAAAAAAAAAAUUGUUUAAAUGUAUUUGGCUAUGGUGUAUGUUAACUUCCGACUUAAACUGUACCUAUAUUAUCUAUGUUCAGCCAUAGAAUGAAAAUGUAGUUUACCAAAACAUUACAUUUGAAACAAAUCCUGAAGAGCUUCACUGACUCCACAUUUUGUAGUUGAGGGAAUUCACACUGAUUUCAUAUUUUUGUGUGUUUUGCAGAGGAAAAGGGGAGUGUUGUCACUAGAUCAAUAAUAAUUUAGCCUGCUUUGGAUAAAAGCGUCUGCUAAAUGGCAUAUAUUAUUAUUAUUAUUACUGAUUAGGAACAUCAUACAGUGCAGUCAUGAAGUAUUCAUACCCCUUGACUUAUUCCACAUUUUGUUGUUACAGCCUGAAUUCAGCAUGGAUUAAGUAAAACAAAAAAGUAUAUACAUAUUACUGAUCUACACACAAUACCCCAUAAUGACAACGUGAAAAAAGGUUUGUAGAAACUUUAGCAAAUUUAUUGAAAAUGAAAUACAGAAACGUCUCAUUUACAUAAGUAUUCACUCUCCUGAUUCAAUACUUUAUUGAAGAACCUUUGGCAGUGAUUACAGCUCUAAGUACCUUAGACCUCUGUCAUUGCCUCUGUCAUUGCCAACAAAGGGUAUAACAAAGUAUUGAGAAACUUUUGUUGUUGACCAAAUACUUAUUUUCCACCAUAAUGUGCAAAUAAAUUCAUUAAAAAAUC